AUGGACCUGAGCCACUUACCACGAUCUCUCUCUAAACUUGCAAAGCGGUUUCGGUCGAAGGAGAAGUCGUCGUCCUCGCCGGAUCCUUCUUCUCCUGUGAAGGAAGGGAAACGAGGGAGAGAAGAAGAAGGUGAAACGAGUGGUUGGAGGAGAGCGAAGAGCAAAGGAGGAAGAGAUGAAGACGAAGUGAGUAAUGUUGAUGAUCGGAGCAGUGCAAAGAUAAGGCCAUCUCCUUCAAAGAAAAAAGGUGCGACAAGAGGAAGUGAUGGAGAGAAGCCUGAAAGAGCGGCGGCGGGAGAAGGGCAAGAAAAGCGCACGAGUAGUGGGCGGAAGACGGAGAUGGUACACUCUCCUUCGCCGGCGCCGGAGGUGACACCCACCAAAACUGAAACUUCGGGGAGUGCUAGGAAGGAGCUUGAGAUGGCGAGGGAAGGAGAAGAAGAAAAGGGUGCAAAGAGUAAGGGGGACGACGAGAGUAUAAUGUCCUUACCUUCCGAGAAGCCAAUCCCUCCAAAUGAAGAUAUUCUGGCGGGAAAAAAGUUGUCACCUACGACACCUGUGACAAGUGGUGCGGAGGUGUCUCAGAGACAAGGAGAAGGAGGAGUAGACAUGAAUGGUGGAGAGAACGCUGCAACCAGACCAUCUCGUUCACCAUUGUCAUCGUCGACAAGCGGUCCAGGAGGAAGCAACAACAAGGAGUCCAAAAGUAUCGGGGUCAAAGAUGAGGAGGGAGGACAUGAGGGUGGGGAGAAAAAGCUAGGGAUGAUGUCCUCUCCUCCUUCGGAGAGCGACAAGGAAGAGAUUGAAAGGAUGAGGGAAGAACAAGAACAAGGAGACAAGAGGAGCUAUUCAGAGUUGGCACCUACGACAAUGAUCUCUUCUUCCCCAUUGCCAACCAUAGGAAAUGAAGAGAUGAGAGCAAGGAGUGGUGUAGAGGUGUCUGAGAGACAAGGAGGAGGAGAAGACAUGAAUGGUGGAAGGAGUGCAGUAAUCACGUCCUCUCCUUCACCAUCUUUAGUAUCAACAAGUGUUCAAGGAGGAAGCAAUAAUGAGUUAGAAAGAAUUAGGACAGGAGAUGAGCGAGCAAGACAUGAGAGUGGAGAGCAGAUGAUGGAGACGACAUUGGCCAAAAGGGAUAUUUUGGAGAGUGACAAGAAAGAGAAGGAGAGGACGAGGGAAGAGCAAGAACAACGAGGUGAGAGGAGCUAUUCAGAGGACUUGUCAUCUACCACAACGAUCUCUUCUUCCCCAAUGACAACCGUAGCAAAUGAAGAGAUGAGAGCAAGGAGUGGCGUAGAGGUGUCUGAGAGACAAGGAGGAGGAGAAGAUAUGAAUGAUGGAAGGAGUGCAGUAACCACGUCCUCUCCUUCACCAUCUUUAGUAUCAACAAGUGUUCAAGGAGGAAGCAAUAAUGAAUUAGAAAGAAUUAGGACAGGAGAUGAGCGAGCAAGACAUGAGAGUGGAGAGCAGAUGAUGGAGACGACAUUGACCAAAAGGGAGAUUUUGGAGAGUGACAAGAAAGAGGAGAGGACGAGGGAAGAGCAAGAACAACGAGGUGAGAGGAGCUAUUCAGAGGACUUGUCAUCUACCACAACGAUCUCUUCUUCCCCAAUGACAACCGUAGCAAAUGAAGAGAUGAGAGCAAGGAGUGGCGUAGAGGUGUCUGAGGGACAAGGAGGAGGAGAAGAUAUGAAUGAUGGAAGGAGUGCAGUAACCACGUCCUCUCCUUCACCAUCUUUAGUAUCAACAAGUGUUCAAGGAGGAAGCAAUAAUGAGUUAGAAAGAAUUAGGACAGGAGAUGAGCGAGCAAGACAUGAGAGUGGAGAGCAGAUGAUGGAGACGACAUUGGCCAAAAGGGAGAUUUUGGAGAGUGACAAGGAGGAGGAGGAGGAGAGGACGAGGGAAGAACAAGAAAAAGGAGGCGGGACGAACUAUUCAGAGGAGUUGUCACCUACCACAACGAUCUCUUCUUCCCCAUUGCCAACCGUAGCAAAUGAAGAGAUGAGAGCAAGGAGUGGUGUAGAGGUGUCUGAGAGACAAGGAGGAGAAGGAGAAGCAAUGUAUGGCGUAAGGAGUACAGAAAUCACAUCCCCUCUUUCACCAUCAUUACUGUCGACAAGUGUUUCAGUAGGAGGAAACUACAAGGAGCCUAAAAGUAUCCAGACAAGAGAAGAGCAAGGAGAAGAUGAGAGUGAAGAGAAAAAUGUGGGGAUGACAUCCUCUCAUCCGAUGACGGAGACAACAUCGACCAAAACAGAGAUUUUGGAGACCGCUGAGGAGGAUAGCAAGGGGACGAGGGAAGAACAAGGACAAAGAAGUAAGAGAAGCCAUCCAAUAAAAGAUAGUCCGACGUCCUCGUCAUGGUCGAUGCCAAUGUCAGUAAAUGGAAAGACCGAGUUAGGAGAUCAGAAGUGGUCACCUACGACAAGACCAACCAUAGCAAAUGAAGACGUGACAGCAACGGAGCCCAAGAGAAGUCAUGAAAGCUUCGUAGGAGGAGGAAACGAUGAGGAGCCUGAGAGUAUCAAUGCAAGAGGAGGACAAGGAGAAUAUAUGAAUGGUAAGAAAAAAAUGGAGAUGGUACCCAUUCCUUCUCCAAUCUUAGAGACAACACCAUCAAAAAGGAAGGUAUCUGGAAAUGAAGAGAUCGAGAGCACGAUGGAAGGACAAGUAGAAGGAGAUGAAACAAGCAAUCAAGAAAGAAGAGACGAUGACAGAAAUGUACCCUCUACUUCUUUCAUGUUUGAAUCGGUGAAAGAAGAGACUCGAGUGGAGAAGCCGAAGAGAAAGGAAGAGGAAAGACAAAGAGGGGCAUAUAAUGGAUGGAAGGCAGGGCUUGCAUUUGGGAUCAUAGCAGUGGUGGGUACAAUAACAUGGAUAGGAUCGACGCUGUUCCUGAAGCGGCGACAGAGUAAUGUUCAAAGUCAGAGACCAAGACAACCGUGA